CCAGGACCCUGCCCUGCCCGAGGACAGGAGCCCCGAGGAAGGAAUGGCUUCUGGGCAGCUGACAGCCAGGCUCCAGUUCUUCCCUCAGCCUUACCAGCUGUCAUGAUGACUGCCUCUGGUGGGACCUUCCCAGCUUCAGAGGUCUCCAGUCCCUCCUCUGGAGUCUGUCAUCGCCUCUUUCUACAUAAGAGUGCCAGAAAGGCGACAGAUGGGCCGACAUCCAUGAGAGAUGAGAACACUCGGGACCAAAGAGGUAGAGGUUGACCAAGGUCUCCCAGCAUCUCUCCAAGACCCUGGCCUGCCCCCAUGCCUGGCAGUGAUAUAGCCUGGGAGCCCCAGACCUUGCUUCCAGUGACAUUCAGCGAUGUGGCUGUGGACUUCUCAUCAGAGGAGUGGAGACUCCUGAGCCCAGCCCAGAGGGCGUUGUACAGGGACGUGAUGCUGGAGAACUAUGAGAACCUGGUGUCCGUGGGGGCAGGGCUUCCACCAUCGAAACCUGAUGUUAUCUCCCAGUUGGAGAAAGGAGAAACACCACAGAUGCUCAAGGCAGGUGUCCUCAGAGCCAUUUAUCCAGAUCACCUCAGUCGGGAGCCUGGGGAUGAAGCAAAAGACCCAGCUGUGACACAGAGCAUCUGCCUGGGCACAUCAGCCCGGGAAAGGGAGCCAAAGGAAGGUCCCUGCUGUCCUGUGGCAGGAGAAUGUGGCGACUGUGAGGUUGAGGCAGAAACAGAGUGGGGCGGCCAGCAAGCGCAGGCCCAGGAGGCAGCAGGCCCUGUCCAGAGCACUUUGAGUGAGAUUUUGCUCCCUAAAAUACCAAAACGACAAAGUGAUCUGUUGAGUUUUUUAAAUGUGAAGAAGGCGAAGACAGACAUGGAAAAUGAUGAUAGGUAUGAAAAUCACUGUGAAGGGCCAAAGCCAACAGAACCCGACUUCAAAUCUGUGGGGCGACUAGUCAUUGAAGAAGAACCUUCAUGCUCCUCCAAGGAAAAAAUAGAUAAUCUUACGCUUCCAGAUUGUUGGAACAAAAAACAAGCAUUUCUGUUUUCAGAACAGUACAAGUGGCUUGAAAUAAAAGGAGGUAAAUUAGGAUGUAAGGACUGUUCCACCGUUCGGCACUUGGGAAUGACAGCGGAAAAGCACAUCCACGUGUCCAAGGAAUGGAGCGCCUAUUUAAUCACCCCAAAUGGCAGUAACAAAAUUACGAGACAGGCUUCUCUGAGAAAAAAAAUUAGGGAACAUGAUGUUUCCAAAGCCCAUACUAAAAUUCAGAACUUGUUAAAAGAGUCAGCUGAUGACUCAAUUUCAAAUAUAGUCCAUAAAUUAAAUAAUAAAAAUAUCGAUGCUACUGUAAGAGUUUUCAAAACUGUUUACAGUUUAGUCAAACGUAAUAGGCCUUUAUCUGAUAUUGAGGGAGCAAUAGAAUUACAGGAGAAGAAUGGGAUAGAUAUAGGCAAUUGUUUACGUACACGAUACAGUGCAACAAGAAUAGCAGAACACAUUGCAAAAGAAAUUAAGAUGACGAAGUUUAAGAGUAUCACAGAGGAGAACGCCAAGAUCUGCGUCAUCAUCGAUGAGGUGUCGGCGAUUUCGAAGAAGAGCACCCUGGUGAUUUAUCUCCAGUGCGCACUGCAGUCCGCACCUGCGCCCAUGAUGUUAUUUGUCGCUUUAAAAGAAUUGGUGUCGACCACAGCAGAGUGUGUCUUCGAUACGUUGUUGUCCACUUUAGAUGAUUGUGGCUUUAAUAAUGAAUAUUUGAAAGCGAACUUAAUUGCAUUUUGUUCUGAUGGUGCUAAUAAAAUUCUGGGAAGAAAGUCUGAAGUACCUACAAAGCUGUUAGAAAAUUUUCCUAAAAUCAUCUUUUGGCCCUGUUUAAGUCAUCGAUUGCAACUAUCACUGGAUGAUUCAAUAUCUGAAAUAAAACAAGUUAAUCAUUUAAAAAUAUUUCUGGAUAAAAUGUAUUCUGUUUAUCACCAAUCUAAUAAAAAUCAAACCGAGCUGGAAACUGUAGCUAAAGAACUUAAAACUGAAAUUAUUAAAAUUGGUCAAGUCCUAAGCCCGAGAUGGGCAGCAUGCAGUUUACAAGCUGCUACUGCUAUAUGGCGCGCAUAUCCUACAUUAUAUACGCAUUUUUCUCAUUCGUCUUCUUAUUCUGGUUUGGCAAAGAGAUUAGCUAAUAGUAAUUUCUUGCAAGACCUUGCUUUAAUGAUUGACAUUCUUGAAGAACUUUCAUUACUUUCAGCUGCAUUGCAUUUGCAGUCAAAGUCAACCAACAUUCAGAAAGCACAAAAAUUAAUCAAAUGCACCAUAAGAGCUUUGGAAAGAUUAAAGGUUGGUACUGGAAAGCAUGAAUCUCAAGUGGAAGAUUUAAUGAAGUCAGACGACUUUAAAGGCAUUCCAUUUGGUAAACAUAAUACAUUUAAUGCUCUUCCUAGGAAUGUGCUACUGGAAAAUAUAAUUCAACACAUGAACUUACGUCUCCUAUCGGAGAGAAAUGAUGAAAACAUUUUUCAUUAUUUUGAUUUAUUAGAACCAUCUACUUGGCCUUUUGAAGAACUUACUUCACCAUGGAGAGCUGGUGAAAAAACAUUACAUCACUUAAGUGAAAUUUUAAAACAUGAAAUUGACCUGAGUGAUUUUCGUGAUUUUGUGGAUAAUAAUGUAGAAGCAAACAACGUUCCGAUACCUGCAACUAUUCAGAAAGCUAAAAAGAUUAUUAGCGCUAUUGCCAUCAGUACAGCUGAAGCUGAGAGAGGUUUCCGUUUAAUGAAUAUAAUUUGUACGAGGGUGAGAAACAGUUUAACGGUAAAUCAUGUAUCUGAUUUAAUGACAAUAAAUUUAUUGGGAAAAGAAUUAGCAGAUUGGGAUGCAACUCCAUUUGUCAAAUCAUGGUUAAAUUGCAACCAUAGGCUAGCUACAGAUACAAGAGUUCGGCAAAAGUCAACGAGAACAUUCUGUAAGAAUCCAUUGGCUCUGUGGAAUUUACAAUAAAGAGUAAUGUAUAUUUCAUUA